ACACUGGCCCAUUUCUGUGGAGCGGAGGCCUGUAAGGUAGGCUACGGCUACGUUGACGAUACAUAGGGCAGGUCAUUUAGAUCCUUUCUUGAUUUACUUUUUACAACGGUGAUCUGGAUUUCACCUUUCAGAACUCCUGAAGAAACUAGGCACAACCAUUGAUAAUGACCAUUGUUUCUGUCAACCACACAGACGAGCGCGCUUGCACAGAAAUAAACACACAACAUGCACAAAAGUUUCACAGCUCAGAGCUAAAUAGGCGCCUCGUCUCAUUAUCACUUCAGCACUUCACAUCGUGACAGCGACAAAAAGCCUACUGAGUGACAUGUCUACCCCACGGAGUAGCGAAGGGCCCCUGGAGGAUAUGGGCCAGCCCUCCUCCUCAGUGGAGAGCAGUGGUGGGGAGGAGGAGAUGUGGGACCCUGGCCUCCUCUUCCCAGAGGUCCGGCCGUCCCUUCUGGACCACAGACAACUGAGGCUCCGGACCUGCCAGAGCCAUCUGUACCCCAGCACGCGCCGCAAAAGAGAGAUGACCCCUGCCGAUAAGAAGGACGCCAACUACUGGGAUAAGCGCCACAAGAACAACGAGUCGGCCAAGCGCUCGCAGGAGAAGAGGAGGGUGAAUGACCUGAUGCUGGAGGGCCAGCUGCUGGCCCUGAGUGAGGAGAAUGCCCGGCUGAGGGCUGAGUUGAUCACCCUGCAGUACCACAUGGGCCUGGGGAAAGAGGCAGGCCCAGCCACCCUGCGUUCCCAUGGCACGGUUCCACUGCACAGCCUGAUGCCCUGUCUGAGUCACUCAUCAGUGCCUACCAAUCUGUUGAUGCCCUGGGGCUCCCUCUGCCUCCCCCAGCCAGCCCUGUACCCCAGCCUGCCCCUCUACCUGCCACACUGGAGGACUAUGAGUGGCAGAACCAGGCCCUGGACAUACACAGAAGCUUCAGGGGCAGGUUCAACAAAUUGACUCAGCUCAGAAGGUACCUCAGUCCAGACAGCUGCUAGCUAACGGAGUGGCUUAGAACAAAUCAACCCCAGAUUAUACAUAGCCCUAAUUUAAUGGCAUGUAUUCAAUGUCAGAUCAUGUCAAAUAAUACAUGGACACUGUAUUUAUUGAGUGGUUGCUAAUCAAUUGCAAAUCAUAGUUUAAAAUAUUGUUAUGAAUACCAUAUGUGUAUUAAUUACAUUUUGAGAGUGAACUGGGAGUUUAUUAAAAUAAUCUCAGAAUGUUACAUGAGGAAUAUGA